AUGGCGUAUCCUUCAGGCGAAAAUGUGGACAAGGCUUUUGACGUUGACCACACCGAAUCGGUAGUGAUCCAGGCAGAUCGCCAAAAAUCGCCUUGGCAAUGCAUCUUGGAAAACCCAAAGAUAGCUGCGUGGACUCUGUACGCCAAUGUUGGUUCAGCGUUGGUCGGUUAUGAGAAUCUCGCCUUGUCGGUCUGCCUGGCCAUGCCAGCGUUCCAGAAGACAUUUGCCUCCGACGUAAAUGGUGUCCUCAUCAUUCCUGCCGCCUGGCAGUCUGCAUGGAACGCAACAUAUAACGUGCUACAGUUAUUUGGAGCAUUUACCGCAGGACAUCUUCAGGACUGGUUCGGUCGUCGAGCUGUAUUCCUAGCGGCUAUCAUCUGCGCAUCAGCAGGCAUUUCACUUUCUUACACCUCACACACUCAAGGCCAAUUCCUUGGUGGAAAGAUAGUCACUGGCUUUGCUGUAGGUCUAGUGCUAGCAGCCACCCAGACGUAUGUUUCUGAGAUUGCACCUCUGCCCAUGAGAGGGAUUGCAUUGGGCAUGAAUACAGUAAUGCUUAACCUCGGCAUGCUCAUUGCGAUCUCCGCCACCUUCAGCCGCGUCUCUAUCAUGGAGGAGUCUGCCUUCCGCGUCAUCUUUGCUGCAGCUUGGGCGUUUCCUGGUAUCCUUGCUCUUGGCCUUCCUUUCCUUCCAGAAUCACCAUACUGGCUUGUUAUGAAGCAGCAACAUGACAAAGCCCGCCAAGCUCUUCAACGCCUGUCACCGUCUGGAGAAGAUAUUGAUGCUCGCCUCGAUCAAGUGCAGCAAACCGUCUACAGAGAGCGAGAACUUGCUAAUGGAGAUGUUUCCAUACUUGACUGCUUCCGCGGAACAAAUAUGCGUAGAACUCGCAUCAUUUUGAUCUGCAUGUAUAUGCCAAAGGUUGUCGGUGCAGUUCUCUCUUCAAACGCGCCGUAUUUUCUCAAUCAGACUGGCCUUGACAGCCAUAUGGUUGUGACUCUGACCCAGAUUGGUAUCAGUAUGGGUGUUGUCUCAGCUAUCGUCAAUCUUUUCUUGAUGAUGAGACUACGCCAUCGCUUGCUCAUGUUCUUCGGCGUCGGCAUAUCAAUCAUCAUGUACCUGAUCAUGGGCAUUGCCAGUUUGCUACCCAAGACAACAGGUUCGCUUACCGUUAUUGGAGUGUCUCUUCAGUUUAUCUCCAUCUCGUACGGUCCAGCUGUAGGUGCAUCUAUGGCUGUAGCUGGUGAAGUAUCGGCAAGCAGACUGAGAGCUCAAUCGUUGGGCCUUGGUGCAGCCUUUAUGGCACUUGCGGCCACCUUCUGGCAAGUGGUUCUACCUUAUUUGUUUAACCAGGACGAGGCAAACCUUGGUGGAAAACUCGGCUGGAUCUUCCUUGGGAUGGCAAUUGUUUAUCUUGUGAUCGUAUAUUUUGAUGUCCCAGGAACAAGGGGCAGAACCUACGAGGAGUUGGACGUAAUGUUUGAGAAAGGUAUUCCGGCGCGGAAGUUUGAAGCAUACAACUUUGAGGACGAUGAUGCUUAA